AUGGCAUCUACAUGCAUUGAUAUCCCCACAUCGUACGAGACUCUCAAGCUCACACACUUGAAGAUCUCACAUCACCCUUCUGGAGCUCCAAAGGCAACUCCCGUGGUUACCUUCAUUUUGGAUAGAGCAGAAAAGCACAAUGCAUUUACCCCAGAGAUGGCAGAAAGCCUCACCCAGGCAUAUCGAAUAGUCCAUCUCGACCCACGCGUGAAGGCGGUUGUAUUGACUGGGGCAGGGAGGAUGUUUUGUGCUGGAUCGGAUCUUGAUGUUGGAUUCGGAAGCGGGGAAGGAAGAGCAGUGGACUUUCGGGAUAUUGGCGGCCGGGUCGCGUUGGCGAUGCAUCGAUGCCAUAAGCCUACUAUUGUGGCUCUAAAUGGGUCUGCUGUCGGGGUUGGCAUGACAAUGACCCUGCCAGCUGCUGUUCGGAUUUGCCAUGAAAAGAGCAAAUACGGAUUCGUCUUCACUAGACGCGGCUUGACCAUAGAGUCCUGUGCGUCAUAUUUCCUGCCACGGCUUGUCGGGUUCUCGCGUGCCAUGUACUUGAUCACUACUGGUGGCGUCUACCCCCCUACAUCUGAGCAUUUCGGCGAUCUUUUCACAGAGGUCCUUCCCGAUGCGGGGAAAGUGCUACCGCGAGGUCUAGAACUGGCUCAAGAGAUUGCGGAGAAUGUUAGCCCGCUAGCUUCCUCCAUGAGCCGUGCCCUGAUGUGGGAAGGCCCUGGUACGCCCGAAGCGGCUCAUUUGUUGGAGUCGAGGGUGUUUCACCAUAUGAUUGGACAACGGGAUUACAAAGAGGGGGUUCGUUCCUUCUUGGAGAAGCGCCGGCCUCGCUUCGAGUCGGAGUUGUUGGGAGCUCCAUAUUAUCCAUGGUGGUCAGAGGUCGAUAUUACCCGGGAAGUGACCGUUCCGAAAGGGCCGAAGCUCUAG